GCAGGACCUCAUCAAUUUUACCUUUAUUACAAAUGGAGAAACAUGAACAUGAAGAUGUUCAAUACUGUUUUCAAGACAGAAACUCUUCUUGCAGAAAGGCUUUGCUAUCGACAUCUAUCUACAUAACACUGUACGUCUUCUUCUCAUUGUUUUCAGCGGUUACAGUAUUUUUGAACAUACUGGUGAUCAUCUCCAUCUCUCACUUCAAGCAGCUCCACACUUCAACCAACCUGCUCAUCCUCUCUCUGGCUGCAUCAGAUCUCCUGGUGGGAUUGAUUGUGAUACCAGUAAUGACUGUAGCAAUAAUGGAACCAUGCUGGGGUUUUGGGGAAUAUUUCUGUGCGUUUCAUGCCUACAUCUCCUUUUUAUGUACUUCUUUAUCUCUGGGUAAUUUGGUCUUGAUAUCUAUUGACCGCUAUGUUGCUGUGUAUGAUCCCUUAUUGUACCACUCUAAAAUAACAAUAACAAGAAUGAUGUGUUGUAUAUCUAUUACCUGGUGUUGUUGUAUCAUAUACCGUGCUGCUAUUAUAAAAAUGUUUGUAAAUGUACAAGUACGAAGUAGGUGUUUGAAAGAAUGUUUUACUGUUGAAAUAACCUGGGGUAAUAUCACUGACCUUGUAAUUACAAUGGUUGUCCCGUGCUCUGUUAUUAUAACACUUUAUAUGAAAAUCUUUGUGGUGGCCAGAUCACAGGCCAGAAAGGUAUUUUCAAAAGAGGCUGCCAGGGUGUCUGGUGUUAAAACUGCACAGGCAAAUAAGUCUGAGAGAAAAGCAGCAAAAACUCUGUCUGUUGUUGUUUUCAACUAUCUCAUUUGUUGGAUUCCAUUUCUGUUUUCUUCUUUCUUUCUCAUGUCUUUUUUAAGUGAUAAUGUAUCAUUUAUCAUCGGUCUUCUGCCUCUUGUUAAUUCUUUUAUCAAUCCAAUAGUUUAUGCUUUCUUUUAUCCAUGGUUCAAAGUGACAGCUAAACAUAUUUUAACUCUGAAACUAUGUUUGACAAACAUAAGUUUAAUAUAGUUUUGUUAUACAAUUGUUGUAAUUGCUUCAUUCAUGUAAUAAUACACUGACAUGACUAAUCUCAGUGUUGUUGUCAUAUAUGUGGUGUUGAUGCAGAAUAAUUCAAAUAUCUGUAGACAUUGUGGUUUGUAUAUUCCAAAUACCAAAGUCUGUGGUUGUUCCAUGUUAUUUAAUGAUAAAUAGUAUGUAAGUAUUCUAAAAGUUAUUUUUUAGGACGUCAUGAGUCUUUAUGUAGGUUUUACAUCAUCCUCUAGUGACUCAAUAGUGACACACAUGCCUUCAACAAGUGCAGUAAAAUUAAAAUGUACAAUAGGAUAUCAGAUAACGUCCAAGUAUAACUCAA